UGUUGCUGCAGGGUGGGGGGCAUCCGUCCACGGCGUGCAGUGUUAUGUGCGGUAGCCGGGUUUUUCUCAUGUACGGCCUUUGUUUUCUACAUCUAAUCUGAGGAGCAUAUUCAUUAAAAGGGUGGAGUUUCGUGCAUGAGGGUGGCGACUGCUCACAACACGCGUCUCAGCUGAGGUGGACUGCAUGUUCACGAGAUGUUCUGUAAUAAGCUGCUGAUAAUAGAAAUAAAUAAAUAAACCAACAAAAAAGGCCCGGUCCUCAGCACGGCAUUUGUCAGGAUUUCCAGCUCUGGAUGCACAUUGGACUGUUUCAUUGCUGAAGAAAAAUGCGAGAAGGGAAGAGAGAUGGGGGAAGUGUUGACUCAGUGGUGUGACUGUCUGCAUGGUUUCUGGAGAUGCAGGUUCCAACAGAGGUUCCUCUUUCACUAACUGGGUAAAGCCAGUGAGGUUUUUAGGAUGCGGUCUCUGAGAAAGACAGUAUUGCUUGGCAUCCUGGUGUCUGUGGUGCUUGUGUUGGCUCUCCUCCAUUCAUGGCCCACUCGGGCUUACACCACUGUGGAUGUGUGGCAGCGACCAGGGCCAAUUGUAGAAAGGCAUCUAGAAGAGAGGCUCCCAGAACCAGACCACCAGUUAAGCAAUAUCCCUUUUCAUGUGAGGGAAAGUGUAGCAAGCUUGUUGGCACGUAAUGGUUGCGUCUGUGAGGGUGAAAGUGGAGGAGUAAACCUGCCCUUCUCCCAGCUCUUAUUCCCACGGGUGUCAGCUCAGCCGUUGCACACUGCCUUUGAUUCCUCUGAGCUGGAGGAAAUGAAGACAAGACGGGCCAAAGAGUACAAGAGUUUUCAGAGGAGGUCAAAGACACCUGCAGAUGUACUCAUCAUUGCAGAGGCCAACAAUCCCUUACAGUACCCGACACAGGGUCUAGAGGUCCGGCCUCUAAAAACAAUCAUCAUCCCAGGCUUGGCCUUACAUGACGUUCCCAGAGACCACUACUCAAUAAACAUCACUGCCACGCUUGGAACCCUAAACGUGGCAGCAGAAGUGGAUGGGGUGAAAAUCAAAGGUGAUGGUGAAAUGCAUCUCACUCUGUGUAGCAGCCUGCUGCCGAACCUAAACCGUCAGCUGCAGUUUGUCACCUACACAAACACAUUGUUUCAUCCCAGCACUGCAGAUACAGUGCAGUUUGAGACAGAGGGGCAUCAAGCCAUCUUCAGCAUCAAGAUCCGUCACGGUGUUACGCCAAAACUUUACAACACUGGAUCUCAAGGAGAAUACAACGUAAGCGCUCUCGUGACUGUAGCUACAAAGACCUUCCUACGUUAUGAAAAGCUUCAAAAUCUUAUUGACAGCAUCAGAAGAUACUAUCCUACUGUCACUAUCGUAAUAGCUGAUGACAGUGAAAAUCCCAAAACGAUAUCUGGGCCUCACAUCGAACACUACAUUAUGCCCUUCGGAAAGGGCUGGUUUGCUGGACGAAACCUGGCCGUGUCCCAGGUGACCACAAAGUACAUGCUCUGGGUGGACGAUGACUUCAUCUUCACGGCCAACACCAAGCUAGAAAAGCUUGUGGACAUUUUAGAAAGGACCACUCUGGACCUGGUGGGCGGUGCAGUGCGGGAAGCUACAGGGUACACUGCCACCUACAGACAGACCAUCUCCAUUGAGCCAGGAGAGGAGGAUGGUGACUGUUUACACAUGAGGAGAGGGUUUCAUCAUGUCAUCCAAGGUUUCCCCAACUGCGUUGUAACUGAUGGAGUCAUUAACUUCUUCCUGGCUCGCACCGACAAAGUCCAGCAGGUCGGCUUUGACCCACGUCUGACUAGGGUAGCUCAUCUGGAGUUUUUCAUUGACGGCCUGGGAUCUCUCCACGUGGGCUCCUGUGAUGAUGUCAUUGUCAAUCAUGCAACCAAAAUCAAACUCCCCUGGGUCAGCCAGUCAGAGAGUGACAAGACUUAUGCUAAGUUCCGGUAUCCACCAGCCUCAUCUGAUGCCACACGCACAAAAAAUGGCCUCCUAUUCUUUAAGAACAGAUUUCAGUGUUUGACUCAUAAUUAGUUCUCCCUCUCCUCUUCGUCCAAAAAUGUCCCUCAUCCCCUUCCUGAGUUGCCAAAGAAGUUCUCCUCCACCUCACCAUGUCAGAUAAGAUUUAUUACAAACAUUUUGAUUUUCCUUUUCUUCAAAAGAUUUUGAUGGCUUUUCUGAUUUCUGUCUGAGCAUGUUUCAUCUGUCAGAGCUUCACAGUGAGCUAAAAUUAAGUAUAUAUUAAAAAAAGGAUAAGAGAAAGAUUAAAGUUUUAGCUUAUUUCAGAAUUGGCAACAGCAGAAAAUCAGCUCUGACUGUAAAAUGCUAUUUUAGGGUUAUAAAGGGAUAGCGCAUUGUCAUAUCUGAUCUGGUUUCCAUAGUUAAGUUAUUCCAACACAAAGGAAAACCCAACAGGUUGCAUCUAUGUCUUUUCUCUGUCAUCCUCUGUACCACGGGUAGAACAAUAUGUUUUCUAGCUUGGAAAGCCAAUAGCGGCAUUUGAAGGCUGGAGAACAAGGACUAAACGUUGGUGAGGACAUAAAGACACUUCCCAUGGACUGACAGUUCUUUAGACUGAGGGCAAAUGUGUCUUCCCUACCAGUGCCACAUAAUGAACAUAUUCAUAGACUAUUUUGUGUGGUACUUGAGCUCUGUGACUAACUGGUCUUGCCAAAAGUAUGACCGCUGUCUUUUGGGUGUUUCAAUUUAUUUUUGUUAUGAUUUUCUACCUCCUUAUCUAAAGCUCUUCUUGUUAUGUGAGUGAUAAAUCCCAUCUGAGGAGGAGAAACUUUUUAUUCUAACCAUCAGGAGCCACAUGUGUUGUAACGUGAUCUGGAAGCAGCUUUGUUUUUUCCUGCUGCUGUCUGUCACUGUCCAGCUUCUUCAACAAGCAUCUGAAAGAAAGGAACGUUUGUGUGUGUGCAUGUGGGUGAGUUACAGGAAACUGCAUCCUUUACACGCUGCCUACACGAAAAUUUGAAUGAACCAUAAGAAAAUAUAAUCAGAGAAAAAACAAGAACACUGAGAGAAAAGCAAAUAAGCUGAUGAUCUUAUUGAAUUUUGAAACUUAGUGUGAGUAGUCAGAGUUUUAGUGGAAGACUGUGAGAGACAACGGAGAGGAGACGUGGUGAGCAGCGUGGUCCUGUUUUUAUACUAUGAGUGUAAGUCUGUCCAAGGAUGUGAUGCCUGAAGUGACAAUGCUGUUGUUUUAUACCAUGGCCUUCAGAUGGCGCCCUUGAGUCAUUGUUUUCUGAUUUGUCAAGUUAUUAGCAACAAGGUGCCACAAGAUUUUUGGUUUUAUUUGUUUAUUUUUGGAGGAGAGAAAUAUCUAAGAACUAUUUUGUGAAAUGCUUUCUGUCUGUUAUGGAGUUUUAUUUUUUCACAUUAGUACUAUUUUCUUUUUUGUUGUUCAUGAACAUGUUCUUUUAACUCUGUUGACACAAAAAACUUCAGUGUAUUGUUUGCACUUUCCUAUGUUUGACUCAUGUUGAGAUUUUAAACAGUGUUUAGAAAAUUUGAAUUUUCUUUAGCGGUGGCAUUUGUCGUGUUAACACAGAAAUAUAAUAUAUUGCCUGCUCCGCCCAGAAACCACUAACAUGAAUAGUUUGAUCACAGAAUUAUGAGCCCUUUUUAAAUUGAAAAUAUUAUUAAAAUGGCAGUGAAAAAAAUGUGUUUCAUUU